GACGCCACCCCGAAGAGGAGACACGCCGAGACGCCCGUGCCCGCGUGCUCCGCUUUCGGGAGGUCCUUCGGUCUAAGCUCGGUAGAGGACUCGGCUGGAAAAGUGGAGGGCCCAGGGUCGCUCGUCAAGGAGUCGGGAACCGGCGCGGAAGCCGAAGAGGCCCCCGACGUCGCUUCCACCCUGAGCGGCCUCUUCGCUGGGCUGCCGACCCUGGCAGGUCCCCAACGCCUCGCCAACUCCCUGCGGCAAAAGUUCGCCAGCAACUCCGGUUACCCCCGGCCCGGCCUGAUGCGCGCCGUCCCGAUCACCACGACCUCCUCGUCGCCUCCUAUGAUCGAGACCGCCAGGGUUAAGCCUUGCCACUACUAGCCGGUGUUUCCUGGACCCGAGGACCUAGUCUAGCCCCCAGGAUGACAACGAUACCGAUCCUGAACAUGGAGGUGAGGGAGCUGAAGGAGAUCGUGUGGGCAAGACUCCAGGAGCCGAAGGCCCAGCGAAAGCUGGUGCUGGUCAUCGUGUCCGUGGCGCUCCUACUGGACAACAUGCUCUACAUGGUGAUCGUGCCCAUCAUCCCGGACUACCUGAAGUACGUGGGAGCCUUCGACGACGAUCCCGUGGAAGUGAACUCGACGGGGCCGCCGUCGCACCACGGCCAGGACUCGGCGACGGGGGUGCUCUUCGCCUCCAAGGCCAUCGUUCAACUGAUGGUGAACCCGUUCUCCGGGGCGCUGAUCGACCGGAUCGGCUACGACAUCCCCAUGAUGAUAGGACUCUGCAUCAUGUUCCUGUCCACGGCGGUCUUCGCUUGCGGUCGGAGUUACGGGGUCCUCUUCUUCGCCAGGAGUCUCCAGGGCGUGGGGUCGGCCUUCGCCGACACGUCCGGGUUGGCCAUGAUCGCUGACCGCUUCACCGAGGAGUCCGAGAGAAGCAAGGCCCUGGGGAUCGCCCUGGCCUUCAUCAGUUUCGGCUGCCUGGUGGCCCCGCCGUUUGGCGGGGCCCUCUACGACUUCGCCGGGAAGGAGGUGCCCUUUCUGAUCCUCGCAUUCGUCAGCCUGAUCGACGGCUUCAUGCUGCUGCUGGUGAUGAAGCCCAUCAAAGAGCAGUUGAAGGACACCCACCACGCCAACACCCCCACGAUACCCAUCUGGAAGCUGUUCAUCGACCCCUACAUCGCUGUCUGCGCCGGGGCACUGAUGAUGUCCAACGUCGCCCUGGCCUUCCUGGAGCCGACCAUCUCCCUCUGGAUGGAGGACUACAUGACCCACGACAAAUGGAAGAUCGGCAUGAUAUGGCUGCCAGCUUUCUUCCCCCAUGUGUUCGGCGUCGCCAUCACGGUCAAGAUGGCCAAGCAGUACCCCCAGCACCAGUGGCUGAUGGCCGCCAGUGGGUUGGCUCUAGAGGGUCUCUGUUGCUUCAUCAUCCCCUUCUCCUCCACCUACAAGGCGCUGAUGAUCCCCAUCUGCGGGAUCUGCUUCGGCAUCGCGUUGAUCGACACCGCUCUUCUACCCACCCUGGGCUAUCUAGUGGACGUCAGGUACGUCUCCGUCUACGGCAGCGUCUAUGCCAUUGCCGACAUCUCCUACAGCGUCGCCUACGCCGUGGGUCCCAUCAUCGCCGGUGGAGUCGUCGAGGCCAUCGGCUUCACCGCCCUCAAUUUCGGCAUCGCCUUCUCCAAUUUACUCUACGUGCCCGUCUUGUACUACCUGAAGAACAUCUACGACUUCAAGCCCUUCCAGGACGAGGCCAACGUGCUCAUGCAGGACCCUCCGGAUAGAGAGUACCAGACAUACGCCCUGCAGGAGCAGAGGCCCAUCGUCGGCGAGGUGGGGAAUCAUCUCACCCAGGCCAGGAUUGAGACCAACGUGGACCAGGAUCAGGACAAAGGGUACCAGAUGCAGGGAGGGUAUACCCAGCAGCCGACGUACGAUCAAGGAUACGCCCAAGCUCCUGGCUACGACCAGGGGUAUAACAGGACGGCCACCUACGAGGGAGGCUACGACCAGGGUGGAUACGACCAGCAAGGAUUCGCUCAAAGACAGGCCUAUGGCCAGGACCCUCGGGACUCCAGGCCACCACCAACUCAGGAUGCCAAUCCUUUCAGGAAAGCCCCGGAACCUGAACAUCCUGCGGGAGACAGCAACCCCUUCCGGCAAGGAAUGUACUAAGAGGUCCUUUGUCGAAUCCUGGACCUUGAUUUCGACCAUGCGGCCCAGGACUCUACCACCUGGCUUCCAAUAUUCCAUUGAUCGCUGGUUCCUGGGUCCCUGGAGGUGCGAGGUCAGGACGCGGUAUCUGUGCUCCUUAUCGACUGGAUUUGCGAAUUCUUAUCUAAUCCUUGAUUAUCCGCCGUCAUUACUCUUCCUGGUGAUCGCUUCUUCGAGAUCGUCGACCAUGGUCGCGUUUUCCACCUGCUGGGUCUUCUGGGUGGAUCCGGGGGAAGUGAUCGAUACCUGAUGGAUAUUCGUAGAGUCAUUCGAGGACUUCAUUGACGAACUGAUUAGAAAUCGAAAGGGUGAUAGCGAUACGUGUAUCGAAAGGCUCUUCGAGGGCGACAUCUUCGCUUUCAGGAUGCUCUUCUGCAUCGCGCAGGUGCGACCUGGACGUGUUCUUCUUUCGUAGUAGACUCGUUCUCCUUCUCUUACGGGUGUUCGUCUAGGACAAUUAGGUCGCUUCGGGAUUAAAACGAUGUACCUUCCUGAUGUUGACGAAAAUCAAAUGACGAAGAGGUCGUCAGUCCUUGAAGUCACUCGAAUCAAACUCAAACUUCAAGAUCGAGGCGAAGCGCACCUGGAUGAUCCGGUAUGAAGUUGCGGAUUUUUAUUUAAUUUCUUGUCCGGUUCCAGAAAAUCCGCAACAUGUUCGAUUAGGAACUUAUAUAAAAAAAAAAAAAAAUAAAAUAACAUGUCUAUUUGUAUAUAUAAAAAAAAAUGUUAGUUUAAAGAGGGAAAAAUUCGCAACUUCGUAUCGAAUUAAUUAGUAGGUAAUCUCGGGGGAUAACAGGAAAUGGAAUGAUAACAAGGUUGGAGCAAUCCACUCGACAGGGGGUGUUAUCUUCAGGAUUGUGUCCUGAAGACUUCCAAGAAGAGAGUAACGAGUUGCCGAAGCAACGGAUCCCGAUCAGCAAGGGACUCCCGUUGCAUGGCACGCGUGCAAUACUUAUCUCGGUUAUCAAUAUUUUUUUUUUUAAGUUCACUCGAUUCGUUGCUGAACCAAGAUAACAUAUCAGGGCCCCGCUGACUGCGGGGUCCGCAAAACUUAGGCGAUAAGACGUUAACAUUUAGGGAACUAAGGUAGACUCAAAAGGGCGCGGCGAUGACGUCGAAGGGGCGACUGAUAACGCGGAAUUUCGGGACGUUAUCAACAAUCCGCGAGAUUUCGGCCGAACAACGAAAAAUUAAGAGACGCGAAACUCGAGGGUGGAUUUCCCGCUGAUGGAUGGUCCAUCUAAACCUCGUGAUAUGGUCGAUUCCCUGUUAUCACGGUUAUCAGUGGAGGGAGGUCACGUCGCGUCGCUCGUACCAGCCGGAAGUAUACAUAUCUGUAUUUUUAUGGCUCCUCCUUUUCUAACUAGAGCACCGCGAAUUUCGGGGUAGCUUCGCGGUUCCUUGUAGAGAGCGAGAGAGAUGGAACGAGAGGGGGGAUUCGUAGUGCUUUGUGCAUAUCUAGAGCAGCUGACGAGUGAUAAGAGAUAUUAUCCUCGCGAUCUAUGCAAAUGAGACCACGUGAUUUCGCGAGUCCAGUGAGAGUUUAAAUGAUGAGUUUAGAUAAUUAGUUGAAAUUAUGAGUUUAGAUGAUUUCUUACCUUAUCAAUUAUCUAAGAGUCUCUCGUGUAUCUUGGUUUCGUUGCCUGAUAAUUGUGUGACUGAUUAUGCUUGGAUAACGCUUCAAGGGGUGUUCACUGAUACGGACGACUUCACACAUCCUUGUGCGGUGGGAUUUAUUUAUUUAUUUAUCUACUCUUUUUUUUUUUUCAUACUUUAGCUGAACCUCUUUCGGAUUAAUUCCAACGAAGACGUGUUCCGUUCCGAUUAAUCAUAAUCGUUGAUGAUGAUACGAUGAAGGCUGAAGCGUGACCUUGUUAAAUGUUGUUACAUUUGGUGCGACUGUUACUCCGAGUGACUCGGCUAGAAGGAAAGAAUAAUUAGAUAGACUAAGAAGGAUUAAUUUGUUAUCAGCUCCAAAGGAUAGAAAAUAAAUCAUUUCCGAAUUUGUUUUCACCAACUUCCGGUCGUUCUUUGCGUACUUGGCCAUUCCUGAUGCACCCGAUGCACAUUCCGCGCAUUAUCGCGAACGAUAUCUGCCAUAUCAAGACCAGUUCGCGAGAGGGCGAUGGAAGGUUGGUGGAAAAAAUUGUGGCAAAAUGAAGGAAGUCCUGGAAACACCCGAGAAUUUCUCGACUUCGAGCCCGGAGCGACUGAACCCGAGUCUUCGAAUUAUCAUUCUAUGACUUUCCCGCUGAUAACACCCAAAGAAUUCCGGGCUCGUCCCGCUGGUGCGGAAGACGAGGGAACUCGGCAUUUCCGGAAAUAGAAAAUGGGAAUAAUAAAGGAACCGCGAGUUUGCGCGUCUCUUUUCUAUCGAGCUGGCCUCUGCGAGCGCGGAAAUCGCCGCGGAAUCUCUGCGGGAAAAUUCCGCGGUCAGGUAAACGCGGAAAUUUUUCGGGAAA